UGCACGCACGUAGGGCCACCUCAGUCCUCUCUCAGCCACAGUCUUAAACACCGAGAGGCUUCUCCUGGCAGGGUUUUAGGGGCGAAGCACCCUGCGUUGCUGCUGGAAGGGCGCGCAGCCUCCCUCCGGCACCUGCGGCCGAAGGCGUGACUUGGCGGCAGGUGAAGGCUGCCUCUCCCUGCCUGUAACCAUAGCCCCGUGCUUGCUGGGGAAUUCGAGCCAGUGCUGCCAGCAGCAGCGGGUGGCACCAUCCCGGUGGCUCCCGGGGCGCUUCCCACCACUGCACAGUGAAGAUGGUAGAAGGAGGUUUCGCCAAACUCUUCCAGAAAAAGUCGUUUUUCCGCUUCGUGCAGAAAUAUCAGCCCCUUGGAAGCGGCGAGCCGGAAGAGGAGACCCAUGAGGAGUGUGAGCUGAAAAUAAUCGAGCAGGAGAAGGAGGUGACAGUUCUGCCCCCGAAGGACGCAUGUAAAUGCCAUAAAGAAGACUUGGCAAAAGCUUUAAAUGUUGACUUACAAACUGGACUCUCUGAGUUUUCUGUGCUACAGCGCAGAUUAAAACAUGGCUGGAAUGAAUUUUCAGUAGAGAAUCCAGAACCGAUAUGGAAGAAAUAUCUAGACCAGUUUAAAAAUCCCCUCAUUCUCUUGUUGCUGGCUUCCGCUUUAGUAAGUGUCAUCACAAAAGAAUACGAGGACGCUGCAAGCAUCGCCAUGGCAGUGCUCAUCGUGGUCACCGUGGCCUUCAUCCAGGAAUAUCGCUCAGAAAAAUCUCUGGAAGAACUUAACAAGCUGGUGCCUCCUGAGUGCAACUGCCUAAGGGAAGGAAAACUCCAGCAUCUUCUAGCGCGAGAGCUUGUGCCUGGAGAUAUCAUAUAUCUGUCUGUUGGUGACAGGGUUCCUGCAGACCUCAGGCUGAUAGAGGUUACAGAUCUGCUGGUGGAUGAAUCCAGUUUUACUGGAGAGGCUGAGCCUUGCAACAAGACUGACAGUGUAUUAGUGGAAGCUGGAGACAUAACCACGCUGAGCAAUGUUGUUUUCAUGGGGACCCUGGUGCGGUAUGGAAAGGGAAAAGGUGUAGUUAUUGGGACGGGUGAAAAUUCGCAGUUUGGAGAAGUGUUCAAAAUGAUGCAAGCUGAAGAGACUCCCAAAACACCUCUCCAGAAAAGCAUGGACAGACUGGGGAAGCAACUCACUCUUUUCUCCUUUGGCAUAAUUGGUUUGAUAAUGCUCAUUGGCUGGUUACAAGGGAAGCAUCUCCUCAGCAUGUUCACAAUUGGAGUUAGCCUGGCGGUGGCUGCCAUCCCAGAGGGCCUUCCCAUCGUGGUCACCGUCACGCUGGUGCUGGGCGUUCUCCGGAUGGCCAAGAAAAGGGUGAUUGUGAAGAAGCUGCCCAUAGUAGAAACCUUAGGUUGCUGCAAUGUCAUCUGCUCAGAUAAGACAGGCACUCUGACAGCCAACGAGAUGACGGUGACUCGGCUUGUGACUUCGGAUGGGUUCCAGGCAGAGGUCAGCGGGGUGGGCUACAAUGGAGAAGGAAACGUUUAUCUUCUGCCAUCAAAGGAGAUCCUUAAAGAAUUUUCCAAUGUCUCAGUUGGGAAACUAGUGGAGGCUGGCUGUGUAGUCAAUAAUGCCAUUAUCAGGAAAAAUAGUGUAAUGGGACAGCCCACAGAAGGAGCUCUCAUUGCCCUUGCAAUGAAGAUGCAACUCGCUGACAUAAAAGAUAUUUAUGUAAGAAAGAAGGAAAUUCCAUUUAGCUCUGAGCAGAAGUGGAUGGCUGUGAAAUGCACGCUGAAAACUCAGGACCAGGAAGAUAUUUACUUCAUGAAAGGAGCAUUUGAAGAAGUCAUUCAAUAUUGCACCCUUUAUAACAGUGGUGGCAUCUCGUUACCACUUACACCCCAGCAGAAAGCCUUCUACCAGCAGGAAGAAAAACGAAUGGGCUCCUCAGGUCUACGGGUUCUUGCUUUGGCCUCAGGUCCAGAACUUGGCAAACUCACAUUUUUAGGUCUGGUUGGAAUAAUUGAUCCCCCGAGGGCUGGAGUGAGAGAAGCUGUUCAAGUCCUUUUUGAGUCUGGUGUAUCAGUAAAGAUGAUAACUGGAGAUGCCCUGGAAACUGCUGUGGCUAUAGGACAGAAUAUUGGUCUCUGCAAUGGGAAGCUGAAAGCCAUGUCUGGGGAAGAGCUGGACCAAUUGGCAGAGGCAGAGUUAUCAUCCACUGUCAAAAACGUUUCCAUUUUCUUCAGAACAAGUCCAAAGCAUAAACUAAAAAUCAUAAAGGCUUUGCAGAAGGCUGGCGCCAUCGUGUCAAUGACAGGAGAUGGUGUUAACGAUGCCGUGGCCCUUAAAUCUGCCGAUAUCGGGAUUGCCAUGGGACGAGCUGGUACAGACGUCAGCAAAGAGGCUGCCAACAUGAUUCUUGUCGACGAUGACUUCUCAACAGUAAUGAAUGCAAUAGAAGAGGGAAAGGGAAUAUUUUACAACAUAAAAAAUUUUGUCCGGUUCCAGUUGAGCACGAGCAUUUCAGCUUUGAGCCUAAUUACUCUGUCAACAGUGCUCAACCUACCAAAUCCACUCAAUGCUAUGCAGAUCUUAUGGAUCAACAUCAUCAUGGAUGGGCCACCAGCCCAGAGCUUGGGAGUUGAACCUGUUGACAAGGAUACUAUCAAACAGCCACCCCGAUGUAUCACGGAUACUAUACUCAGCAAAUCUUUGAUCCUGAAAAUCUUCAUGUCAGCUAUAAUUAUCAUCAGUGGAACCCUCUUUGUCUUCUGGAAGGAGAAUCCCAAAAGUGGCAUAACUCCUCGAACCACAACAAUGACAUUUACCUGUUUUGUGUUUUUUGACCUCUUCAACGCCCUGACGUGCCGCUCUCAGACAAAGCUGAUAUUUGAAAUCGGCUUUUUUCGAAACCGCAUGUUUCUGUAUUCUGUGCUUGGGUCAUUUUUGGGACAGCUGGCUGUUAUAUACAUCCCUCCGUUACAAAAGAUUUUCCAGACAGAGAAUUUAGGAGUGCUAGACCUGCUCUUUCUCACCGGACUGGCUUCCUCAGUUUUCAUUGUCUCCGAGUUCGUCAAACUCUGUGAAAAACGCUGCUGCCAACCGAAGCACACAAAGGCGUGUCCUAAGUGAGGCAAACUUCCUCUAAAGAUAUACUUGGAUCGGAGCUGUGAUGCUGGAUAAUUCAAAUGCACCGACACCACACAUCCCUUCUGAAGACACUCGAGUGAAUCUGUACCGACAGUCCUUCUCACACCAGUCUGUUCCCUCCACAUGCUCCACCCAAGCUGUCUGAGCUGUCUACAGAAACCUCCGGAGCGGCUCCUGUUUUAAACCAAGAUCAGGUAUAUUUUUAUAACAUUGAUCCAUAUGUCAAGAAUGCUAUGAUAGUCCCAGAAAAAAUAACAGUUUCACACCUGUACAGAAAAAUCUAUUGUGCAUAAACUGAAAUUUUAUUUAUUUAAAUCAAAAUGAUUUUUAUUAAUAAAAUCUGCAUUUUAAAAUGUUACUGACAGGUAUCUGAAUGAGAGUCUUGAUUUGACCCAUCCUUUUAUACUAAAUUAGAAGAACUGGAAAAGACCUGUCUUCACUAGCACUUCCUUUCCUUAUAGCCAAUCUGUGUUUCUAGACUCCCAGAUACGGAGCCACGAUUCAGCAAGACUCGAGGAAACUGUGGCGGAGAUGUCAAACAAAGAGUAGAGAGCUAAAGUGCCAACCCCUGGCUGUCAGCUUUUGCUGGACACUGCACUGGUAUUUUUGUACCUGUGUGACUAACAGGACCAAAGCAGAAGUGAUUCUAUCUGGUGCACAGGAGUGGAUGGAUUUAAUGGGGAAGGGACUCACUUUCACAGGCGCAUGAGGACACAGAUGACUCGUGUACACAGCAGGGAUGUUCAGCUCUGCAGCUGGGAUCAACAGCUGCAUGAAAGUGACUGAGAGCUGGUUGGGUCAUAGCUAAACCCACCGCUGACAAAUGCUUGCUGGACAGUUUUAGAUGCACAAACACAAAACACAGAUUGCUUAAUCGUUAGGUUCAGGAAAAAAAAAAAUAAUAAAUGUUGAGUCUCCUCCAAGGCAAUCUUUUAUAUUUAAAGAACAAUUCUGAAUAACCCCAUCUGCUGGUUGGAUCAGUAGUGUCCUAGGAAAUAAGGCUUCGCUGAUACAUUUGCUCUAAGUGCCAUAGUGUCAGUUUUCUUCUUGCCCCAGCUUAACACCUUCAGUUCAAAGUGAAGAUGAAUGCUCUCAGAUACAGACUUGUCAAAACCCACAACUUCAGAGGUCAAAAUGCUAUGCUGAUCCUCACAAGAUGAUGUUUAAACAGGAUUACAUUUUGGAUUCAGAGUCUAAGAAGAACCAGCUAUACUGAUACUUAUUUUAAAUCAAAGAAAACCUGGCUACUGAAAUAUUUUCAGUGAAGAGUAGCUUUGCGUCAUUCACCCUCCCCAGAUAUAGUCUGCAAAGGUGUCUGCUCACUAUGUUUUUUUAAAUCCUUGCAGUCCUAAGAGGAAAGUCUCUGCCUUGUAAUAGAAGGAAAAGAAAGCCUAUUGUCUAUUUUAUGUGUAACCACAGAUAUUGAACUAUUUAUCAUUCCUGUAUGCCAUUCACUUCAAGUAUUUAGUAUGCUUAGUCAGAGCACAAGUGAAGAAUACCUCUAAGACUUACAGUGGGAGUUUGAGAAUGUUAAGACAAAAGCCAGCAUCACCACACUUAGAGCAUCAUGUAUAAUACUUACUUGCUGUCUACACAGCACUCCCUACUUUGUACCAUUAAAAUUCUUAUUAAAAUAUACAGAGAAGAAAAUUAUACAAAAGUAUCAGUAUAAUUGUUUUAAUGCUUACUUUUUUUUUUUUCCUAUGUGUUACAAACUUGGGAGACUAUCAUCUGGUUUAUUUAAGCAAACAGAAGAUAAAAGGACAUUAGUUCAGGCCUUUCACAGCAUACUCCGUACUGGAACGGACAGUAUAUAUGCCCAAUCAUUAGUGCAGGUAGCAUACAAAAUGCAGAGUUGAGUCCUAGGGUGUCUGGCUAGAGUGAUUUCUUCAUGCUCUCCUUUCAAGGCUAAAUUCAUAUUGUUAAAUAAAAUUUUAAAAAACGGGAUCUACAUUAAGGCACAAGUGCAGAUUAUUCAGAAUAUUCAAACCUGGCUCCCUAAUGAAAAACAUCAGGUAGAAAAAAAAUCAGACCACAUACAACAAGAUGCUAAGAGAAAAAAUUUGAAGGAAAGCCAGAGGAUCAGGAAUCGCAGUAGUUUUAUAGACUGUUACAACACAUUCUUUUCUCUAAGCUGCACGGAAGAUGAACUCAUGCUAGGACAAAAGGGAUUUGCUACAGUCCUUUUCUUUAGGAGGAAGACUGACAGUCAUACAUACAAAUAACCAAACACAGUUUGCUGAGUUAGAAAUUACAGUGCCUGGUAGAAAUCAGAGUUAUUUUUGACAAGUUAAUUACAUAUAGAAUUAGCAAGGUCAAACUAAUAAUUACUGAUAGAUGUGAACAGAUUCAAGCAGAAAAAGCCCUGAGUAUAAGAGACCUGACAAAACUGGUCUUGACUGGUGAACAGCCAACAAAACAGAGGAAAAACCCCAACCAACUCCUUACAUUUCGACUGCAGGCAUUUUUUUCCAUACUACAGAAAUGAUUCAUUAUAUGGAAAUAAAGCAUACAGCUGUCAUCUUUAAACAUGUUACAGACAUAACCCUGAUUUUUAUUUUCUUUUUACAAGGUAUCUGCAGAUACUAUUCCCAAUUAACUGUGGAUGCUUCUUACUUAAUCCUUUUUAAAGCCUGAUCUUUUACUCCACUCUCAAGGGAGGCUACUGAAGAAGACACCUUCCCCAGAGCAUUUCUGCUGGAGGUAUGGCCCAUUCUUAGGAUAAAUAUGGCUGAAUGACUCCAACGGGUCUGUUCUACAAAGUUUAAAAAAGCAAUAGGCAAAUUUCUGCAAAAACAUCUUAAAUAAAAUGCACUAAAGUGUAGUCAAGUAUUACAAAACUGGAUGCUACAUAUGUAGCAUUCUGGACAUCUUACAGCCCAUAUAGAGUCACUUGCUGAAAAUCUGACUUGGAAAACCUGAAGUUUAAUGCUUUAACUGGAGCAAUGCAAAUUAACAGCAUCCUUCAUAUGGAAUCACUUGGAUUAUUCUAUGUUUACCAAUGGAAGACAUCAUUACAAUUUGCAAGCUUCACUAAUUUUACUGCAUGAAAAUAAGUAUGUUGAGGUAUAAGAGCCUUAAUCAGUGUCCUGAACAGUCUUUACAUAAAUACGCAUCAAUUCUCCAAGUCAGUAAGCCCUACUGUCAAUAACUUCUUUUGGUUUUAAUUCUGUAUGCAGAGAGGAUCUAUCGGGAAUGCUAGCAAAUUCACAAUCAGCUAGAACUUAGAGAUGUCUAAUGAUUAAGUACCUGAUUAAUUUUUCUGUCCUUCCCAAACAAAACCUUUCAGGCAGGAUAUUGUAUUGGACCUAAAGUACAAGGCUUAAGCUUCAUCCAAGAUAAUUAGGUAAAUGUAAGGAAAAAAAAAAAAAAAAGAGGAAAAAAUAUCCUGUCCAAGGAACAUUAACACUCAGGAGAA